UGUCAAGAUGAAGCUGCAAGCAGUAUAAAAAGAAAACCAGUCCAAGGCAAAGAUUUACACAUAAAACUUACUUCAUAUUUUUCAUUCAAAGUUUAUAUUAUUUAUUUCACUUUCUACGGGGGUACCUUGCAAGGCGCGGUGUACGUCGUGCUCAAUCCAAUUGUUGCAACUUCUUUCAGUUCUUUGCGGUUUACCAUGGAAAACAACACUCUACAAAAUGAAAUUAUAACAGAGCAAGAUGAAAACAACGGGGUGCUAACUUCAAUGCGUAACAAGGUGGUAUCGUUCAAUGCUUCCAUUAACAAUUGUUGCAUUUAUAAAGUGCCUGAGCUUAUGUUGAAGGGGUAUGAAUAUUUUUAUCAGCCUUUAGUGAUGUCAAUUGGUCCUAUAUACUAUAAGGAUGCAAAACUAGCACUCAUGCAAGAGGUUAAAUGGAUUUACUUGAAUAGCUUCCUUCAACAUCCCGAAAAUGCUAAUCGAAACUUGAAUACUUAUGUUGAUUAUGUAAGGGGUAAGGAAGAGGAAAUCCGCAAAUGUUAUCAGCAAGAAUUUAAGCUCUCUAACGACGAGUUUGUUGAAAUGGUAGUGCUUGAUGCUACAUUCCUGGUCUACUGUUUGUUGAGCUCAGUUUUGGUCGGGUUUGAUGAACCUUUAGUUGUCUUUCACUGCCAAGCAUUUAGAAGACGCAGGAGUGACAUUUGUGGCAGACAAUUAGACACCGUAGAAGACGUGCAAGUGUUAGUUAGAAACAAGAUUUUCAUCAAUUCUCUGGGGAGUGAUGAAGAUGUUGUAAAUCUUUUCAACAAUAUUGGCAAAAAUGUAAUUUCAUCACACAAGGUUUACUCCAAUGUCAGCAAUGAUCUGAAUUGCUACGCUUCAAAACGUCGGAAUCAAUGGAUGGCUAUUUUGAGGAGCAAAUACUUCAAUCAUCCAUGGGCAAUUAUACUAUUGCAGCUUUCAUCUACAACUAGUCCAACUGCCAUUGCUGAAUGUUUUGAAGAUUCUUGCCGAUGUUGCCAUGUCAGCUACUGCAAUAAAAUCACAGACUUGAACAUAUUCACCGUGUUGAGGCUGCGUAAGCGUCAUCUCAAGGCAGAAACUGGUUAUUAUUCUAUUCGUCAUCUUUGUUACACUGCCAAGCAACUAAAAGAUGCAGGAGUCACAUUUGUGGCAGGUGAAACUGAUAAUCCACUUGAUAUAACAUUUGAUAACGGAAAACUCACGAUUUCGAAAUUAAUAAUACAAGAUUCCACAGAAUCUUACCUACGGAACUUGGUUUAUUUUGAACAGUGCCAUUAUCACCGAGAUUCUUACUUCAUUGAUUAUAUUAUCUUCCUUGAUCAAUUGAUAGACACCGUGGAAGACGUGCAAGUGUUGGUUAAAAAUAAAAUUUUUCGUAAUCAACUCGGAAGUGAUGAAGAUGUUGUAAAGCUUUUCAACAAUAUUGGCAAAAAUGUGAUUGGUUCAAACAAGGUUUACUCCAAUGUCAGCAAUGCUCUGAAUUGCUACGCUUCAAAACGUCGGCAUCGAUGGAUGGCUAUUUUGAGGAGCAAGUACUUCAAUCAUCCUUGGGUAAUUUUGUCAGUGAUUGCUGCAUUCAUGCUUUUUGUGCUUACUCUUUUACAGACUAUUGCAACUUACCUCUACAAGUAGUCCAACUGCCAAUGCUGAAUGUUUUCCAUAUUGUUGCCGAUGUUGCCAUUUCAGCUACUGCAAUGAAAUCAUAGGCUUGAAUCAUAUUCACGGAGUUGAGGGUUUUUUUUUUUUUUUUUUUUUUUUUUUUUUU